GCCCCGCGGGCUCGUCCCGUCCCGGCCCGGCCCGGCCCGUCCCGCCGCCAGCCAUGAGCUCCACGCAGUUCAACAAGGGGCCCUCGUACGGGCUCUCGGCCGAGGUCAAAAACCGGCUCCUGUCCAAAUAUGACCCCCAGAAGGAGGCCGAGCUCCGUAGCUGGAUCGAGGGACUCACCGGCCUCUUGAUUGGGCCCGACUUCCAGAAGGGUCUCAAGGACGGCGUUGUCUUGUGCACACUCAUGAAUAAGCUUCAGCCAGGCUCUGUGCCCAAGAUCAACCGCUCCAUGCAGAACUGGCACCAGCUGGAAAACCUCUCGAACUUCAUCAAGGCCAUGGUCAGCUACGGCAUGAACCCCGUGGACCUGUUCGAGGCCAACGACCUGUUCGAGAGCGGGAACAUGACCCAGGUGCAGGUGUCCCUUCUGGCCCUGGCCGGGAAGGCCAAGACGAAGGGGCUGCAGAGCGGCGUGGACAUUGGCGUCAAAUACUCAGAGAAACAGGAGCGCAACUUUGAUGAUGCCACCAUGAAGGCGGGCCAGUGCGUCAUCGGGCUCCAGAUGGGCACAAACAAGUGUGCCAGCCAGUCGGGCAUGACAGCUUAUGGGACGAGAAGGCAUCUGUAUGACCCGAAGAACCACAUCCUGCCACCCAUGGACCACUCAACCAUCAGCCUCCAGAUGGGCACAAACAAGUGUGCCAGCCAGGUGGGCAUGACGGCCCCCGGGACCCGGCGGCACAUCUACGACACCAAGCUGGGGACCGACAAGUGUGACAACUCGUCCCUGUCCCUGCAGAUGGGCUACACUCAGGGCGCCAACCAGAGCGGCCAGGUGUUCGGCCUGGGCCGGCAGAUCUAUGACGCCAAGUACUGCCCGCAGGGCCCGGCGGCCGAUGGGGGUGCGGUGGCUGCAGGCGACGGCCCAGCGGAGGCCCCGGAAUACGCCCCCUACCGCCAGGAGGAGGCGGGCCACUGAGCCGCCGGAGCGGGGCGCCUCCCCACCUCACGCUGUGUGCUUCUCGCGUUUUUCUGUUUUCCUCUUGUGUUUCUGCUUGUCUGUGGGGAAGGGGUGGAGGUAGAUCGGUGGGCGGGGUGUCCGCCAGAGCACCUCCCGCCAGCGAGUUUCCCAGCAGGCUUUGGGCUGGACUGGGGGGUGGAGGUGUCGGGGGAAGAAACCUGGGCAGGGAGGGGCCCUGCCCCGAAUGGUUUCCGGUCGCCUUUCCCUCUCUUCCCUUUUCUCUGCCGAUCAGUUUGUGGUUUCUGUGCCCACAGAAGCUUCGGGCAGUUUUAAUGAAAGAAAAAUAAUAUUUUUUGCAGGGGAGUGGGGGGCGGGGUUUGGAGAUGGUGGAAGGGGAUGCCGCCGAGAAGGAAGCAGGUCCCCUGGGAGAGGGCAGGGCCACAGUCCCCAAGUAUUUUAGGUCUUGUGAGGACCUAGCAGUCUCAGUCACCCGUAGCCCACCCCCCUCCCCC